AUGGAUGCCGUUAUGAGCUGCAGUGAGAGACACAGAAACAGACACACGUCGUCAAAGUGCGAUGCCAUCCGCCGCCUGGCCUGCCUGUGCAUCGCCUUUGCCAUCAUCAUCAUCCCAUCUGCGGGCCAGUCAGCUCCACAAAAUGGCACGUCUCCACCUUCGCCUCCUCCAUCUCCAUCCAACCCUCCGCAGCCCCAAGCACCGCAGAACAGCACCUCGCCUCCGUCUCCAGGCACCCCGCCGCAGGCCCGAGCGGCUGCCAACACAAGCAGGACGGCGCCUCCGGUCCCGCCAUCUCCAGGGCCCAGGGCAACGGGCGCCUCUGCGGCAGACGCCAGCCAAACCAUCCGGGUGUUCCUAUCGGUGGUGCUGCGGCAGGGAAGCAAGCUUAACGACACCGCGGUCGCCCAUAUCAAGGCAGCUUUGGAAAGGGUGGGCUGCGAAGGCGGCCAGGAUGCAGAAGUCUUGGCGUCCGAGGCGACGCCUGCCUGCGAGGAGGGGUUGGCGCAGGGAGGCCAGGGGCAGCGGGUUGGGGGCAACGGUACCGGCGGUGGGGGUCCUUGCAGGCGUGUUGCUGUCGAGGCGCUGGUUGUCGCUUCGGAUCCGGAGAGCUGCGUUGAAAAGAUUCUUUCCACUCGAGAGAGCGGCACGUUUUUGAAUGAGACAGGGAAAGCAUUUUUUGAGGUUGCCACCAUCGAGGCUGCGAGUGUGGUGCAUCCCCCACCCGCAGAUGCAAGUGGGACGCGGAUCAGGGAGGAAGGCGGCGACUGCCCCCUCAACGACUCCCUGGACAGCAAGCUCGGCCUGUACGAGGGUCUGGGCUGCGACGCCUGCGACUGCAUCCUGGACCCCGGGAGCCGGCGGUGCGCGGCCGUGGCUGGCAAAAUCUGCGCCUCGCCCGUGCCCAGCGCCGGCUGCCCCACGCUGCAGUCCAGGUUCCUGUCGGAGGUGGAGGAGGAGGUCAUCUUGGGGGCCGACGCCAUCGUGGACAGGUGCCCUAGGCUGGACAAGUCCACAGACAUUUGCGAAUGCUUGGAAAACGCGGACUCCAACCAAUGCGUCGCGGCGGUCUUCAGGGGCUGCGGCAUCCACCCCUCGCUGUGCAUCGACAAGAUCGAAGUGCUGACCGUCGACAGCUCCGAGGCCAAGCUGCGCGUUUUGAAGACCAUUGCCAACGCGUGCGGCGAGGACGACCUCCUGCUGGUUCACACUGUCGUCAUCGCCGGCGCAUCUUACGUCACCUUCAUUGGAGCCUCUGGGCAGGGCUUCAGGCAGGCGGUGGCGGACCUGGCGGAGGUUGACAUCCACCAAGUGACGCUGCUGUCAAGGCAGGAGGGGGUAGACGGAUUGAGGGUCACAUUCGCGGUGUACGCACAAGACCCCGUCUCGGCCGAGGAGCGCAUAGUGGAGGCGGACACCACUGGAUACUUCUCGGCCAUGUUCGGGGAUGCACCGCUGCAGGCCACGGCGCCGCCCCCCGCUGCCCCCGCUGCCGACUCUCCCCCCUCCUUCUCCAGCGUCCGUGGCUGGUUCGUCCUCCUCAUCAUCAUGGGCGCCAUCCUGGUGGCCACCCUGCUGGGCCUGGCCGCCCGCAGCAACCGGGCCUUCGUGCGGCGCCACGGGCUGCCGGCCGGGCCUGCGGGCCCCAAGGGCGACGCCAUCAGCAGCGGGUCGUCGGAGCAGGAGUCGUCGGGCGCGUGGGGACGGGGCAAGGGGGAGGGGGAUGGGCUGGAGGAGGGGACGCUGGACAGCGGCAAGGACGGAGGCGAGCUGAGCACGAUGGGGAGCUAUUCGCUGGGCUGUGUGGCCACGCACAGCUCGCACAGCGUCAACUGGCCGGGGGCGCAGCGCAGCGGCAGGCCAGCUUUAGAGAUAAACUCAACGCUUUCCAGGAGCAACUCAGAGAAGAGGCGGCAGUUUCGGACUAUACGCAUGAGCGAACCAUUCAUCAGCUACAGCGGCGACGAGACCGACGACCAGGCGCCCGGCGACGGUGGCAUCUCCUUCACCGUCAACCCCCUCGCCGCCCCCCAGCCCCUCUUCCCCUCCCUCGACAACAACAGCUGGUUCACCGUCGAGCCAGAGCCCGCCUCCAGGAAGUCCGACAACCAAUCGGCCUCGACCCUCCACCUCCUCACCACCUCGGGCGACUUCUUCUCCGCCGACGACCACGAGCUGCUGUCCACGGCGUCGGGCACCGUGGCGCAGCGCCCGUCCGAUGAUUCCAGCGCCACGCCGCGUCGCGAUGACGCCCCGAGGAUGAGCCGGUCGCCGAGCUUUCCGCUGGCGAUCUCGACGCACUGCCCACCGUCGCCGGCGGGGAGGGCGUCGCUGCCCAGCGCGCCCAGGACGCCGGGCUCGCGCGACGCCGUGAGCUCGCUGGUGAGCUCAUCCGACCUGGAGUUCGACGUGGAGGAGGGGGAAGAGAGGGUGGUGUCGCAGUAUGUGAACUACCUUUACGACGAGCCAGCCACCUCCAGAUCUCAAACGACCAAUAGGUCCUUCCACUCAGAAAUCGACGCGCGGGAAAGGACGUGA